AUGGCGGGUGGGAAAAACAACCGGCAGAGUCCGAAAACAGCCUUCCCGCCCUUUACCAGCGCCACGACACACAAACCUCAUUUUUAUCCUCGAAUUUUGCUACGAUACCGUAGUAGUGCAGACCCAUUCAAUCUCAGGAAUGGUAUCCGUUCGGAUUCAGAGCUUGCCGAGCUCCGACGCAGGGCCAAGGGUAAGAAGAAAGCCGCUGUGGUCAAGUAUCAGAAUCGACAGAACGACCUCAUUGCGUAUUUGCUGAAGCCACUUGAGCAGCACACGAGCGAUGCGAAGGACGAAGAGGAAUCGGCCAGGCUUUGGGUGAAGAUAGCAGUGUGGGCUAGUCUUAUAUCAAACCUUGCCCUGUGUGUCAUUCAGAUGUAUGCGGCCAUCUCCUCUGUGUCUUUAUCCCUUCUCGCGACCGGCAUCGACUCCGUCUUUGAUAUUGGCAGCAAUGUCAUGCUAUUCUGGCUACAUGUAAAGGCAGAGAAGCUUGACAUGAACAAGUGGCCCGUAGGGGGUGCACGUCUGGAGAAUAUUGGCAAUAUCGUCUAUGGUUUGAUGGCCAGCGUUAACCUCAUUGUGGUGGUGGAAUCCGUGAGGUCACUAGUCUCGAAAGAGAACGACGAGUUGAAAGAUUUUCAUCUCCCAUCUAUCAUCGCUGUAGCGGCUGCAUUGGGUGUCAAGCUAAUGCUUUUCAUUUUGUGCUACCCAUUCCGAAAAAAUUCUAGCCAAGUUGCUAUUCUUUGGCAAGAUCAUCGUAACGAUCUGUGGAUCAACACAUUUGGUAUCCUCAUGUCUACCGGUGGGAGUAAAUUGAGGUGGUAUCUCGAUCCCAUGGGUGCUGUCAUCAUCGGCCUUGGUAUCAUUGUUGCGUGGACACGAACCAUUUACCGCCAAUUCGAAUUUCUGGCCGGAAAAUCGGCGCCACACGAGUUCUUGCAGCUCCUUAUAUACAAGUCCAUGACAUUCAGCGACGAAAUUGUGCAACUUGACACUGUUCGCGCGUACCAUAGUGGUCCCGACUAUUUUGUUGAAAUCGACAUUGUGAUGGACGGAUCAACGCCAUUGUAUAAAGCUCAUGACAUUAGCCAGCAAUUGCAGGAUAAGAUUGAAGAGCUCCCAACUGUUGAAAGGGCAUUCGUGCAUGUCGAUUAUGAGACGACGCAUUCACCGGAACACCGAAAGCCGACAUAA